AUGGCAUCUUCUGAUACUAUCACCUCUAAUCUUUGGGAUAUUGCGAGGAAGCGGCUGACAAAUACUGAGGAGGCGCAACUUGCCAAAGCCGCUGUCGACAAUAAUACUCUUUCGCAGCAGCUUCUCAAGCUGGUGCAUGGAAAACAGCAACAAUGCAUGGAUCGCAGAUGGAAGUUCAGACGAUCGAAUGGUGAAGUGGUUGUUAUCAGGGAUGUCUUCGAAAAAGUCGUUCGGUGGCUCCAACGGUUCAAGGAGGUUGGAGACGUCGCGACCCAAUACGAUCCCGCACACGCCGCACUUCCCUGGGCCGGCGUACGAAUGCUACUUCAAAUUGCAAUUAACGACGCGGAAUCGCUUGGUACAUUAGCCGAGGGUAUCGAGACAGUAUCGAGUCUCAUCACACGCUGCGCCGUUUUGGAAACCAUCCACCUCCCGCCGCACCGCCACCCCUUGUCAAAGACACACGCUACACUGCAAAAUGCUUUGGUCGCGCUGUACAACUCUAUCUUAUCUUGGUUGUCGGUGGCUGGUGCAUACUACGAGAAGCACCUGAUCAAAAGGCUGCUCCGCAGCGUGGUUUCUUCAGGCCCAACCUUGACAUUAAUAUUCCAAGAAGAACGCAAAGUUUCUCAAUUGGCUUCAAGCUUACACGACCAACUUGCUUCAACUACAGCUGAGGCCGUGGGUGUAUUGAGCGUUAGCUUCAACUCUCUGAUGAGCAUCUUGCGGGAUUUGCAACAACCAGUAGUGCGUGUUGCCGGUGCACUCGAUCGAAUGGAGCAAAGCUUGGAAGCCAAGGAGCGUCAGCAACUCGUGGAGUGGCUGUCAGUCGUCCGACCCCUAGAAGUCCACCGAAAGGUGCAUCGCGGAUUCGUCGAAAAUACUGGUCAGUGGUUGCUUCGAAGAAAGGAGUACACGAAAUGGUGUGAGUCGACUGCCUCAUCCAGCCUGUGGCUUCGAGGUGUACCUGGCUAUGGCAAGAGCAAACUCACUUCGCUCAUUGUUCAAGAACACAUUGGCCGUGUCUGUCACGGUUCGGACACUCCGCCCGUUGCCUUUUGUUACUGCUCAAGAUCGGGCAUCGAUGGAAAUCCUUGCAGCUCUCUCACAAUUAUGGGCUGCAUUUUGAAGCAGCUCGCAUUUCUUGGACCAGGUAGAGAUGUUCAUCCAUCGGUGUGGAAUGAGUUCUCUCAGCGGGUCAAGGACGCUCAAGAACUGGAACCGAGCCCUCUUUCUCUCGACGAUUGUCAGAACCUCAUUACUCUGAUCACAGCCGAUGCAUCUGUAACAAUUAUCAUCGACGGGCUGGAUGAGACCGAGGGAGAUGUCCGCGAUCUCCUCAACACUCUCCAGCAUAUCGUCGAGGAGUCCCAAAAUAUCGUGAAACUCUUCGUUUCGAGUCGCGACGAUAUCCCAGUCAAGACUCAUUUGCAGCAUGUUAAUUCAAUCAGAAUCACCAAUGUCGAGAAUUCCCAGGACGUCUCUGCUUUUGUCAAAACCAAGGUCGGCUUAGCUGUACAGGACAAAAGGCUACUUAGGGGAGAAAUGUUCCUGUGGGCGUCCCUAAAACUUGAGCAGCUCUGCAGUUCCGGGUUUGAAGUGGCAGCAGAUGUUCUGAACGAGCUUGAAGCACUGCGGGCACCAAAAUCCCUGCUUGACACUCUAGAGCACAUGUACCAGCGAGUACAGAGGUAUGCACCAGUGGCAAGACAAAUCACGAACACCGUAUUUGGCUGGUUACUUGUCUCCGGACGCCAGCUCGCAAGUUCUGAGCUCAUAGAUAUCGUCCGUUUGACAAUAAACCCAAAGAUGGAAGAGCUCGACGAGGGAACUGUUAAACGCCUUUGCCGUGGGUUUGUCGUUUCUGAGAAUGACUCUGAUUCAGUUGUAUUUGCACACGAGUCUAUCCGAGAGUUCCUUCAAGGACAAAAUGAGUUUUGCGAAUCGAAAUUGCAGUUUCUUGCAUUUUCGCUAUGCUUGAGAUGCUUGACAACACGAUAUCAUAACGCUAACGACAAAUCAAUGGCUUCAUCAAACAUGAACUCGUCCACCGCUCUUGAAAUUCGCCAAGGCUCCAUUGAAAAGCCAGAAAUUGAGUCCAGAAAUAUCGCGCCAGCUCUUUUCUGGCAGUACUCGGUCUAUUAUUGGCUGCGUCAUUACACCAAGAUUACAAAACCAGUUCAUCGAGGAGAGGCCGACACCGAUCUAAUCCAAUUUGCUUUCGACCGCAGGGGUUCCAGAUUUCUCGCAUGGCAACGAGAAAUGCUCAGCUUAGUUGGUGAAAAACUAAAGAGAGGAGAUACGCAAAGGAACACAGCUCUUCUGGGAGAACUAUCAAGUUUCAAUGCAAAUCAUCAGCUUGUAGUAUUUGUCGCCUCUGUCUACGGGAUCUCCGUGUUACUGGAAAAGUUUGAGCAGGAGACUGUCGAAAUAAAUUGGAGUGAGGUAAACAACCGCGGAGCAUCAGCUGUAUACCUGUGCUCAGUCUAUGGCCACGACAGUAUGCUCGAGCAUCUUCUCAGCCGUGGGGUUGACCCAAACAUGAUUGGGGGUCGCUUCAAAACACCUAUACAGGGUGCCGCUUUCCGCGGACAUCUCAGCACUGUUGGAGUGUUGCUUAAGAAUGGGGCCGAUCCGCUUAAGAAUGGUCUUUUCCCCACGGCUCUUCACGCGGCUAUUGCAGGAGGCCACGAACCUGUAGUCCAGUCACUCGUCAGUAACGACAUGUGUCAUGAAGCUGCACAUUUAGGGACUUUGGUUAAGACAGGCUUUCAUUACGGUCGUUACGAGACGGUCGAUGCACUUUUACGACAACAUUUCGAAAAUGAAGUGAGGUUAAAGGAAAUGCAGAAUGAAUGUAUCGGCGUUGCUCUUCAAGCAGCUCUUUACGAGAUCAAGAACGAUACCGAGAACGACAUUAAGAACAACGCCCAUAUCCAGGUACUUUUGGAAAAGACACCAGAUAUCAAUGAACCAGGGGGGUUGUUUGGUAACGCAUUACAAGCAGCGAGCCUCGCGGGCUCAGCUAGAUGGGUACGCCUACUCCUCGAACGGGGAGCUGAUCCCAACUCCAAUGGCUACUGUGGUUCAGCUAUCCGGGCGGCUUCAUUUGGCGGGCACGAUGAAGUUGUGCGUCUGCUGCUCGAGAGCGGCGCAACCCUAGGCCUGGGCCAACAAGAUGCUUUCGAGGCUUGCGUGCUCAAAGACCGGCUUUCGACGUUGAAGGUUCUGGUCGAACAUCUUUCGUUGAUAAACACAUCCGACUAUGCUGAAAGCAAACGUCAACUUUCCAUGAUCAUGCGGACCGCUCGAAGAUUGCAGCGUACUCGAAUCAUAAACUUCCUGGUUCAAAACGAUGCCGGGCUGUCACACGACGAUGAAGCAGAUGUUUCCAUCUCGGAUGAGGGGCUGAUCUUUGCCACGCAUACUGAUACUUUCGCCUUGAACAGAUACGUUGGAAACGGUUCGGAACUCGAGGUAGUAGAACCACGCCUCGAGAUGGAUCCGCAUGAGCCAAGGCCCAUGAACUAUGGUUGCGGACUUCGUCAACAGCUCAGACGACGCUUUAGAUAG